AUGAUUUCUUUUGGCUCGCCGUCCUUGCUUGUAUCAUCCUCAUCGGAAAAUCAACAUCAUGGCUGCCAAUUCUUGUUAUCAACAUCCAGCUCCUUGCAAGGCUCAUUGAGUCGGAAAUGUACAGAAUUGCUCCUCAGAAUUGGAAAUAACGAUCUGGAAGUAAUUAUUCAAUUAUUAUCACAGGAAACAUCGAAUAAUAAUAAUAUUGAAAAUUCAACAAAUCAUCAUGGAACUGUUCAUCAGCAAAUAUCCAUAUUCAAUGAAUUAUUUAAAACUGCAUUAUUUAUUUCAAGAGAGAAUUUAAACAUGCCGGAGAAGGAUGAAUUAAUUCAACACUUCACCAGCAUCCUAAGAUGUCUAUUAUUAUAUGACAAAACUCGAAAGAAGAGUUUAAACUUUAUUUAUGAUUUAUUGACCAGUUCAAAUAUUGAUCAAAACUAUUCAGAAUCGUUUGUGGAUUCAUCCGCAUCGUGUACCAUUGAACUGUCGGGAAGGCUCAUCAUGUCAGUUAUUAGUGAAGUACAUUCCUCACUGUAUCAUUUUCGCCAUACGACCUCUGUACUCACCUUGGAACAAGGCUCCAAUAGAAGCCAAAAGAAAACGAACCAUGAAGAAGAAUCACUUCUUGUCUUUGAUGAAGAAGACAUGCUGGAGGCAAACAUUGCUCAAACCGAUAAAGUAGAAAAGCAAAAGAUUGGAACAAUAUUGAAAAAUAAUCCUGGGUCAGAAUUGUUGGGGGUAAUGUUGCUAGGAACGAAUACUGAAAUUUCUUCAUUUGCUCUCAAUUCAUGCAUUGUACAUAUCUUGAAGGAUCUUAAAGAAUUCACAAAUGAAAAAAUAGAAUUAAUGCUUUCACCUAAUAACAGAAGACAAACAAGUAACGUGAAUGGAAACAUUGCAUUUCUAGAAUUAAUACCCGUCAUGAUUACUACUUGCAAAAGUCUCUCUGAUCAACUUUCAAUUUCUCAAAAUUUUCAAGAAAAGACAGACCAUGAAAUUAUUUCCUUCAUACUAGAGAAGCAAUGGAAAGCUGAAUAUUUCAUUAGCUUGUUAAAUAUCUUUUUAGAUGUUAAAAUCGAUGAAAACUCAAUUUUUCAUGUUUACAUCAUUAAAAAGAUUCAAACAGCACCCAGAAAUUUAGAAAUUUCUGGUAUUGUACAGGUGCUAUUGAAACUUGCUGAACAAUACAACUCUCAAGGCUUUUCAAAUUUAGAAUAUAUUCAAGUAAUCAAAACAGUAUUCAGUAAGACGAAUGCAAAUAUAGAUGCCAGACUUAAUUUAUAUUAUAUCAUUCAAUCAGCAUUACAAUAUUCAUUGCCUCUACUGAAUAUUGUACUUAAAGCAAUGGACCAAUUCUAUGAAGUGAAACCAGUAGACGUGAAUAAGUGUUCAUUUAGUGAGCAUUUUAUUGAUUUUAUGAUCUUAUUGCUGGCGUAUAAGAAUGAGCUCGUGAAGGACAAAGUUUUUACUCAUAUCAACAAAUUUAUUCACUCAAUUUACAAGCAUGUAACGCCUCAUAACCAAAACAUGUCAGAUGCUGAACCUUUCUUUUCUCCUGUUUCCAAAAAGUCAUUGGGUUCGUCCUCUACAUCUAUUUUAGAUCAUGACGUGAUAGAAAUGACUGAUACCUAUUAUGUUGAGUCCAUUAUCAAAUCUGCAUGCAAUGUGAACAUUGUAUCUGAAGAGAUGCUUUCCAUUCUUGGAGAAUGGUGCCGAAUGAACAAUAGAAUGUUGAAUACAAUAGGAAAGAGUGGUAUUGUUUUCCUGUUUUCUGCUUGUGAAGGUAGUAGAAGUACAAUAUUACAAAAAAUUAUUGGAAGUAUCGCUGAAGAAAAUCAAGCAACAUAUCAACGUGAAACACCUAUUGUCAUUCUAGAAGCAUUGCUGGCUGAAGAACGAGCAUUUGCUUUUUGCUCAAUUAUUGAACGAUUAUAUGACUAUUUGUCAACCUUUGAUCAAUAUGCGUAUGCUGUCAGUUCCAGAAUUUUACUGGCCAUUCUUCCAAUAUCAGAGGUAUCCGACUACAUUCGUGGCGAGUUACUUGCAAAGCUGGAAAAACUAUGUGUGGACAACAAGAGAGAAAAGCUUGGUGACAAGAGGAAAUUGGCCAUAUUCGGAUUGUCCAUGCUGCUUUCAAUGCCUAGCUAUCAGCAAGAUCAAGUGACCAUAUUAGCGGCUUUACAAAAUGCGUUUCGUUUUAAUGAUAUAGACAUGAAAAUCCAUUUGUACAAAUCCCUUAGCAAUUCAUUAAUGAAAAUGCAUUCGUCUAGUGAUGCACACCUUAGCCAAGACGCAUGUGAAAUUUUGUUUCAAAUGUUGAAGUCAAAAUUACUGAAUUACUUCACGAUGAGCAAAGAUAGAAACAUGUAUGGUCUUGAGAUUGAAAAGUGUUUUGAGCUUGUUAGCGAAGAUGGAAAAUACAGAAAACAAGAACCACUUGAAGAGUUAUUUAAAUGUUUUGCUUUCAUGGACAAAAUACUCAGAAAGCAAAAUUCAGAUUUGUAUGGCAGCUUGUACUCUAAACUGUUCGAGAGUCUUGUGGAUAGUAUCAGAGAUAUCGAAUGGUUAUGUAAAAUUUUAGCAAUCAAUGAAGACCUAGAUGAGCAGACACCUAUCACAACGAACCAAAGACUCACUAUCAUUAUUCCUCUUAUUCAGGUACUGAUUGAGGAGCGUUUUCAAGAAACUUUGGAAGUUGAUGAAAUCUCUAUUGAACUUUUGGAAAUUAACUCAAUUCUUCAAAGAAUGGAAAAGAAAAUGUCAAAGAAGAAGGUCAAAGGAAAUUAUCUCACCUUCAAUACUUGUAAAUCAUUAUGCUCUGAAUUGUGUAACAAGAUAUCAAAGGAAACUGACCGUCAAUGGAACAAAUCAUUACUCAUUACUCUCACUAGCAUUAUCGAUCAUUUAACUUAUUAUGCUGGGGAAUGCAAAGAGAAACUGUCAAAUAGUUUUUUGAAAAUUAUUACAAGAAAGCGAUUGGAUGAAGUUGAAGUACUUGGAACCGAGAGGCAGAUGAGUCUUUCAAUUAUUCGUAUCAUUCAAACGCUCUUUGAUAUUUUCAUUCGUUUUUACAAAGAUGAAAAUAGUCAAAAAAACAGACCACGACUUAAAAAAUCUGAGCUCGUUCAAAAGUUUGAAGAUGAGAUUGGAAGAACGUCACCACACUGGAAAAGUUUAGCUCAAGACAGCUCCAUCUUUGAGAAAAUGAGAAUGAAAAUUCUUAACCUCAUCACUGUAUACUUUGAAGGAGUCAAAUUAAGUGGAAGCGAGGAAUUUACAGAAAAUAGAUCGUUGGAAAAGUUGUUAAAAUUUAUGUUCAAUGCGCAACACAUCCAAGAAACUCUCGACCAAGAAACACCCAAUACAACUGAAGAGCAAGAAGAAAAUUUAGAAUUUCACAUCAAACCACUUGAUUUCAUAACCAUGACAUUUUAUUUUUCAAAAUUACUUUACAUGGAAACGAAUAAGAAUCCAAGAGGAUGUACCACCUAUUUGAAAUUGAUCAAAACCUUUGCAGGCAUUCAUCCAUUUGUAGUUUCAAUGGGUAUUCCUUUCGAGCCAAGACAAGAUGACAUGUCUACGAGUAGCAGCGAAGAUGACAACUCGGAUCGCUCAGAUGUCGUGUCUCCUAACUCUAUGGAUCCACGUCUCCGUCAAUGUUGUCUCAUGAUUGAGUUGCUCAUUAUGAACGAGCUCAAAUCUGUCUCGAGCGCCCUUUUUGUGAAAGAGAUUUUAAUGUUUUUGCUCAAUUUUUCCAGUGUUUCAACAUCGCUUGACUAUUGUAAGGAUACCAUUGUGUCCUGUAUUGAAGUAUGUAAAACAACGAGCAACGAGUCGGCAAGAAUGAAUGAUUCACUCAAGAAUCGUGAUCUCAGCAUUACCAUGUGCAACAUGGCCAAUAUCAUCAAAACACGAGAGUGUUCAUCCAAGGCAUUAGCUGUCAUUUUGUCCUACGUCGAAUUAAUCACAGUGAAAAUGAAUGAGCAAUUUAAAAAGAAAAGUAGCAACAAAUCGAGACGAAGUGAAAUUUUCAACAUGAGCACAACAUUUUCUGAACGUGCCCGCAAAAAUCAAGCUCAUCUCAUUCUUCCAGCCUCAAUAUUUGUGAAAAUUAAGGAAUGUUUAAGUGCAGGCGUCAAACUUGUUCAUGGAGAAUAUGCUCAAUUUGGAAAUACGGAAACUGUGACCUCAAAGCUUGAUAAGAUCAUGACAGGAUUAUGCAAUUAUGUCAUUAAUAGCUCAAUCGCUUUCAAAAAGAAAAUUAAGAAAAACUUGGAUCGCACCACUUCUGCACGAAUUAUUGAAUGUAGUGCUUCUUUCAGAUCUGUAUUCGAUACCAUCUCUAAUGUCAUGUCACUGCGUGGCAGUAUUUCAACAGCGAAAAAUAACAUGGAUGUAGAUCUGACAAAGGAUUACACAAAAUUGGAACAAGCAAUGGAAAAGAUGUGUUUUGAAAUUCGAGAACUCAACAGGGCAUAUAAAAACAGAAACAAAAAAGCCAAGCUUCAAAGAUUGGUGAUUAUUGAAGAACUGACUAAAUAUCGAUUGAUCAAUGAAGACAUCGCAGAGAGUGAUGAGGAAGGUGAUGAAAAUUUAGCAACAGCGCACAAGAGGAAGAAAGCUGGCUCGAUCUCAAACUCUUCAAAGCGUCGAAAAAAGAAUUUGGUUCUACGGAGCAAGAAUAAGUACAUUGAUCAUGCGCUUUGCGUAGAGGAUGAGGAUUACCUUGAUAUCCAUGCGGAUCUCGAGGAUUGGAUCGACGAUAAUGACUGGGAACCCACUUAUUAG